GGAAGCCAUUCACUUACACGAUAGAGAAAACCCACCUUAUUUUUUACCUAAACUAUGUACCUAGGUACCUAAAUAGACCAAUAAAAUGUAAUAAGCAGGACUUUUGCUUUGAAAUCGCAAUUCCUUUCUCAGAAUUGAUCCGAUUCCACUUCCUAGGUUAGAAGGUACAUAGUAGGUACAACUAUGUAGAUGCGGGCUCGGUCCUCGGUCAUUAUGCGCUAAAAAUGAUGGUUAUCGCUUAUCGAUAGGCGGGGAAACUUAAAUGUAAAAUAGGUAGGUACCUAAGGUACGUAUGUAGAUCUCAGUCCCUGCCGCACACGUGACUGCAACUCUUAGAAUAUCGAAUUCUGCUACCUUAGGUCUAGGAGGUAGUUAUUGCACCUUAAACAUCCAAUAAACCCUGAAGCCGCGAAUUCGGCGACAAACGUACCAUUGCAGCAUCAUAAAGGGUCCUCCAGAUCAUAUAUGCGCCCCUCGUCGACCUCGUCGAGGACAUCGAGCAUUUAGACAUAUACCUUGACGACGAGGGGCUAAAGCUUCCUCCUUCCUCGAGAACCGUCACCAUGUCGCAGACAAUCGGGCCGACGAAGCUAGCCUACUCGCGAGUAUGGCACCACAUCAACGCCGCGGCGCCACACCCUACGCUCUCCACGCAACCGGACGUAACCCCGCCAUCUCUAGGCCGUCUGGCUUCGCGCGUCGCCGUGAUCCUCAUGGGCAAACACAAGCCGAUCUGGGACCCGUCGACGGACUGCGGGGACUACGUGGUAGUAACCAACUGCAUGGCCCUGCACGUCACCGGCCGCAAGCAGUGGCAGAAGAUGUACCACCGACACAACACGCGGCCCGGCUCCCUGCAGUCCGUCACCAUGGACGUGCUCAUGGCCAAGUACGGCGGCGCCGAGGUCCUGCGCAAGGCCGUCAGCGGCAUGCUGCCGAAGAACAGGCUGCGGGACGCGAGGCUCGAGAGGCUGAAGGCGUUUGAGGGGGACGCGCACCCGUACAGGAAGAAUUUGAUCCGGUUUGGUAGCGCGAAGGUGGGCGAGGAGGGCUGGACCGAGGUGGCUGAGGCCAUACGGCGGGCGGGUGCGCGGAGGUUGUAGCGGGAUGUUGCUCUAGAGGAAGCCUACCUAGGGAAUAUGAGCAUGAAGGAAGGCUUUCGGGCGAGAGAGAGCGGGUUUUGCCAAGGGAAUACUAGCUCUGCAUAUCUGCUAUGUACUACACCGUAUACAUAUAAUGAAUACAUCUCAUAACAACCAACCUGACAUGUGGUCGAGAAACCGAUAUCCCCGGGUAUAUUGUAGGGCGUAUAUUCAAUUCGAGUGCAAUGGUGUUACUUGGACUAGCCACGGCUAAGAGUGAACCAAAGCCGUGGGAAUGAGCGUACAUAUAAAUGAUAUUUAACAACACGAUUCUAGGCAUGAAAGAGGACUUUGCGAAGUUUGAGGUCUUGUCUUGAGAUGGUAUCUAGAUACUCGUUCCGAUGCAAUAACAACUUGAUAACCCGGCUAGAAUCU